GGCUGAGCCAAUGGCAAUAGUUAUCGGUUGUAGAUGCCGCAACGCCUAGAAGUAAUAUCAACAUUGUUGACGUCUGUCAUAUUAUAUUCUCCUUAGCUAAAAAGGAAAGUUUAAUAUUUGACUUAAAGAAAAGUAGCAACAGUUCAUCAGAGAACAUAAUUAUUACCAUGAUGCUACGAAACUAAACAUUCACUGUUCAGCAGGUGCGAAUGCUGUUGUCAAAGACGAGCAAACCUUUCCCAUAGCAGUUCUGCAUUUUUUCCCUCAGUUGAUAUCAAACAUUACAUUGUUGAUUAAGCUAUAUUCUCAUUAUUUCAUCCAUUAAAUGUUCUGGGUCAGUAGCUUGAAUGAAUAUUCAGAAGUGACAAAAAUAUCGAUAAAAUUGAGACAUGGCAGGUUUAUUUAAACCAUUGACUGUCACCGAGGAAGAGAAAAAUAGAAUAGAAACAUGAUGCACAGCUGAGAUCUGUGCACAUUCCUGUAAAUAUUCCUCUCACUGAAAUAAGAGUUUAGCAUGGCUAUGAAGACAAAGGUGCUUUUACUGGUGAUGGCAGCAUCUCUUCUCUACCCUCAACCUGGUUACAUCCACCCUGAUGAGUUUUUUCAGUCUGCUGAGAUAGUUGCAGGGAGUAUUCUGAAUGUGACUCACUACAGAACCUGGGAGUUUAAUCCUGAAAAACCCAUAAGGGACAUCACUCUGCCAUAUUUGCUGCUGAUGCCUGCAUUUGGAGUUUUGCAUCAAUUAAUGCCGAUGCUAGAUGAACUUGGUGUGGUAAAGUCAUCACUGCUUGUUACACUUCCUCGGAUUCUUUUCGCCUGUGCCAAUGUGAUAAACUUCAUUCUUGUCAAGAAACUGUGUCUAGAAAUCAACUAUGACCACAAAUUGGCUUUGUGGUUGUUCUCAACAUCGUAUGUUACAUGGGUUUAUCUGACGCGCUCAUUCUCUAACACAACAGAGACUUUUCUUGUUUCAUCAGUGUGUUUGAUUUUGGUUGGGAUGCAUCAGAAUUUAAAUAAAUGCCAAGAUUCCAACAAGGGACAGAAGGAAGCUUUAAAGAGUCAUACAAAACAUUGUGCCUGUCUAGGUGUUCUGAUAUGCCUAGGUAUUUUUAACAGACCAACAUUCCUAGUCUUUCUUCUUGUUCCACUCAUGUGGUUCACAUGCAACAGUUUAAAAACAUUCUGCAGAUUCCAUGUAGUCUGGAUUGGGCUGAUGUUUGCGUCAGGAGCAACAUUUCUAUUGACGUUCUUUGUUCUGUGCAUGGUGAACUCUGCUUACUACAACCCAGACUUCUUCCAUACAACUGCUGACCUAGCCACACAGUUGCUGUCCAGUCCAGUCAGUAGUCUCCCAGACAUCAUACUGUCAUUUCUUCAUAGUCUGAAAGUCCCUCCACACAACUUCAUCAUGUAUAAUGUAAAUUCAUCAAAUCUUGCACAGCAUGGUGUCCAUCCUAGAGCCACUCAUUUUCUUGUCAACUUACCUCUGCUUCUUGGUCCCUUAGCUUUUGACCUGUACUGGAAUUUCACACACUUGUUGAUCAGACGUGGAAAGGGGAGAGAAGGAUGGAUUAUAUUUGCUGUCAUUGUGCCAGUGGCUUGUUUGUCAUGUUUUACGCACCAAGAACCAAGAUUUCUCCUGCCAGUCCUACCCUUUGCAGUUGCGAGUGCAGCAGGAUCAAAGCUUGUUCAGAUGAAAUCUUGGCAGUGCAUCACCUUGCUGUUUAAUGUGUUGGCCUUUUUGUUCUUUGGAUUUCUUCAUCAGGCUGGCCUGAUUCCUGCCCUGUCAUCUCUUCAGCAGGAACUUACUUCAGAGUCAAAGACUUUAAAACACAUGCCAUCAGCCUAUCACCUUGUCUUUUACUGCACGUACAUGCCACCACGUUAUAUACUUUUGGCUAACAGCCAGACUAUAGACUUAACAGUCCAUGACUUGGGGGGGAGACCAGCAGAGGAGCUGGAGCUGAAAGUGAAACAGAUAAACACAUUUUGUGAAAAUAGCCUUCAGCACUGUGAUAUAAAACUAUUUUUCCCUGGGUCUGUAGAGAAAGACGUGAAACAUUUAGUUAACUGGCAAAACAUGAACAACUUUUGCCCUCACGUGUCCACAGAAAGAUUGCCAAAGGUUGGGGAGUAUCUAAAUGGAAACAUAUCAUUGGCUGAAUUUAUGUCACAAUUAUGUCUUAAGGUUUAUUCAUGGAGUUCCAGAGAGAAGGAAUCUUAGCAGACAAUUUAUAUACCUCUUUGUUUACCCCUUCCUUUGUUUUUGUAGUUUGCAGCUGCUAAUGUCGUGAUGAUUAUUAUUGUAUCACUGUCUCCCUCACCAACGGCCCGGCUCACGUUUUUCUAUUUUGGGACACAAGGACUCCUCAGGAGGUUUGUGUAUGUGUGAGAUGGAAUAUAGGCGUACAUGUGUGUUGAAUGUCGUGUAUGGGUAUGUCUGCACAUUAUGUUUGCAUGUAUGUAUGUACGUGAGUAGUGAUUGAGAGCCAAAGAAAAAAAUUGUCUUGUGCUAUGCCAUGUACAGACAAUAAAGUUUGAUUUGAUGCGAA